UUGUGAGAAGGGACGGGACCAGUCUAAAUGUGCAUGUGCAUCUUCCAGCCGGAAAAUAGAAACACAGAAAUUUUAUCUCUUUCCCUCGACGAAUGACCAUUUAUUUAUUCCUCGACUGACGGCAUCGGAAAACCAGCCACUUUUCUAACUCGUGGUUCAAGAUGGAAGAAAUCCCUUUCAAGGUUGUAACCCGGAAGAGAAGGGCGAGGAAUGCUACAGCAUGCGAACCAAGGAACAAGAAUCAUGGUAUUGCGGAUGAUGAGGAAUCACAUGUACACACUACAGUGGAACACGAAGUUGCCGUGGAUGUACUGUCAAAGAAAGUUUUACAAGAAAGAGUUGAUCUUCUCUGCAGUGACUUUGUGGCCAGAUACAUGCACGAUCUCCAUCUGGCUCUGCGUACAAGUCGCUCCUACCUUUCAGAACCUAGCAUCGACAGCUGCUGCCCUCUACUGGACCAUAAUAAUGGUUCUGAGGAAGAUUGUCCUCCAGCCAAUUCAGAGCUAGGCUCUUGUCGGAUACGUGCUGAUGAAAGCAGGCACGAAGACACAAGCAAAGUUGCUUCGAUGGAGGCACUCUCAGUUGGCGUAGAUGAACUAGGAAUUACUGAGAUAGUCUGCUAUGGCCUUGGGCACGUCUCAUCAUGUCCCAUUGCACGUCUGCAACUCUGUUUGCUUUCCAUAAUGAGGGAGCUACUACAGGUUAAAUGUAUUGCUUUUGAUCCAAUUUUCACUGCAUCUGAGAAGGCGUAUCUGACACAGCAAGGAAUAUCGCUCAUAGAAAAGAAUGAGGAAGGAAGGAGGCGGGCUUGCAAUGGGGGAACCCUGUUCUUCAUGCCACAUUGUGACAAGCCACUCUAUAGCAAUCUGCUGUGUGCGAACUGGGAACCAGAGCACCUGUCACGCGUAAUUCUCGUAGGCAACAGUUUUCGCAACAUGGCCGAGAAUCUGCCUUGUAGAAAGUUGCAAGAACUAGCGCCUUUUGUGUUGAAGGUACUGCCCCACGUUGUGGAGAUCCCAGUUAAGAACAACCAUCGGUUCAACGACGUUUUCAACGACCUGUCGAUCCACAUCUUUCCAGGGGAGAGACUUAAACGGCUGCCAUGUGUAUUCUGGGAUAGCGUGCCGGACAAUGGCUCUUUCGGCAAGGUGAAUGGGUAGCACAGGUGACAAUUCAGUGUGACAGUCGGUCGAGUGAUUAGACCUUUCAUCUGUGCACCUUCACAGGUGUAAACUGAUAGUUACGACUAGUCUGUGCGCAGUUUUUAAACUUGGAACACCAUAAACUUGUCAGUGUUGCUUUGUUAUAUUGUAGUAGUGUUGAUAAUAAAAAAGUGUUCAGUUAACUACUUAA